AUGUUCGUCGUCAAGCGGUCGGGUGCCAAGGAGGACAUCAAGUUCGACAAGGUGACUUCGAGGAUCGAGAAACUUUGCGAGGGCCUCAACAGGGAGUACGUCGACCCUGUUGCCAUGACCCUGAAGUUGAACCAGGGCAUGUAUUCCGGAGUGACGGCGACCGAACUCGACGAGCUCGCCGCGCAGACCUGUGCGUGCAUCGCCACAACACACCCGGAUUACUCCGUGCUUGCUGCGCGCAUCUGCAUCAGCAACCUCCAGAAGCAGACGGAGCCCGACUACCUUAAGCUGGUCACCACUCUACGAGAACACGUGCACCCCGACACGGGAGAGUACUCACCACUCGUGACCGAAGAGCUGGUAGACGUUGUCAAGGCCCACACCGACAGGAUUCAGCGCACGCUGGACGAGGAAAAGCCCCGGUAUGACUUAUUUGGGUUCAAGAGGCUGGAAAAGUCGAACUUGCUGCGCGUUAAGGGGCGGGUGGUGGAGAGACCCGUGCAACUCCAUAUGCGCGUGGCUAUCGGCCUGCACGGCCACGACAUUGACUCGAUGUCGUCUUGCUUAUUGCUGCACACCAAGAGCGACUCAGUUGAAGGAAUAUUCGACACCCUGAAGGACUGCGCCGACGUAUCCAAGUAUGCUGGCGGCAUCGGUGUGAGCAUUCAUGAUAUCAGAGGAACUAGGUCAUACAUUCGAGGCACCGGUGGGCGAUCAAGCGGCAUUGUCCCUAUGCUUCGCAUGUUCAACGAUUGCUCGCGCUUCAUCGACCAGGCCGGUCGACGAAAGGGUUCCUUCGCGUUCUAUCUCGAGCCGUGGCACGCGGACAUACGGUCGUUUCUUGACAUGAAGAACACCGGCAACGACCUCGAGCGAGCAAGAGACCUGUUCUUUGCGCUGUGGGUGCCCGACCUGUUCAUGAAGCGAGUGGAAAACAACGGCCCCUGGUCGCCUUUCUCGCCCAACGAGGCCACUGGCUUGUCCGACGUAUAUGGGGGCGCGUUCGAGGACCUCUACUGCAAGUACGAGGCUGAGGGCAAGGGCGGGACUGGAACGCCCUACAUGCUCUUCAAGGACGCGGCGAACAAGACGAGCAACCACAACCACCUUGGGACCAUUAAGAGCUCAAACCUGUGCGCAGAGAUUGUCCAGUACAGGUCACCCAAGGAAACAGCGGUGUGUAAUCUCGGGUCAAUCAACAUUUCCGCCAUGGUGAGGGAUCCGUACACGGACCACGCCAGCUUCGAUUUCGACGAGCUCAUGCGGGUGGCUGGUCAGGUGGUCAACAACCUAACAAGGGUGUGCAAGGAUUGGCCGACACAGCUGGCGAGGAGGGAUGGGCCGUACGAGUCCUUUGCGGGCUCGCCACUCUCGUCGGGCAAGUUCCAGUUUGAUCUGCACGGCAUUACACCCUUCUACGAUUGGGAGAGUCUGCGCGCGCAGGUCAUGAAGGUUGGGGCGAGGAACAGCCUGCUCGUGGCUCUUCCCCCCACGGCGUCUACUGCAAGCAUCCUCGGGAACAACGAGAGCUUCGAGGCCUUCACGUCCAACCACCUGCUCCGAGAGCUCACCGCCCUGGAACUGUGGGAUGACGAAGUCAAGCAAGAGCUAAUGCUGUCGCAGGUUUCCGUUCAGAGCAUCAAGAAGAUUCCGGCCAGGCUUAGGGAGGUCUACAAGACGGUGGCACCGUUCGUGUGCCAGUCGCAGAGCAUGAACAUGUUCGUAGAGUCUCCCAGCCGCGGAACACUCACCAGCAUGCUAUUCCACUCGUGGAAGGGCAAGCUGGUGACGGGAAUGUAUUACCCCAGGUCCAGGCCCAAAAGUGACCCGGUGCAAUUCGGGGUGAACAGGGUGCCUAACAAGUCGACGUUGGGCACGAUGAAUAUCGACGACACUAUCAUAUUUAUGGGUCGGCUUCGUUCCGCCGAGACCAGGUGCCCCAGACGCAACGAGGAAAAGCACAAAAAAGAGUGUGACUUCGGGAACGUUACGGUGGUGGAUGAUUUGUCAGCGUUGUACGUUGACCCUGUGAUCGGGUCGUCCAGUGAUUUACGAGAAAGGUUCACCGAGUUCCUUGAAGAGAGGGCGAGCCGAGCGUACUACCUAGACUGUGUCUGCUACGUGCUCACAAAUGACAUUAUUUACAAACAACUUGACACUGAGGAAAAGCAAAUGGUGCGAGUCUUCAACAAGUCCACGAAUCAAUUUCGUUCGUGGGUGAGGGUCAUCAGGCUUCUGAGCAGGAACGACGUCUUACGCGACACCAGCGACGAAGCGCUCCCAACAAAGAUCAUAAAGUCACUCAAAGCUCUCCAGUUGUUUGUUAAGAUCAAGAGCGGGGCGGUCGGUAUCUACAACUUUACCGCCGUGGGGGGUGCGCCCGACCUCGGGCACGUGGCGCGAGUGAUGCGGUGCUUUACCCCCAGCGCCACCCCAGAAAUGUUCACCGCCACUGUUUGUAGCUCUCUCAUGCGAAGCGUCUCCGGGUACGACCGUAUCAUGGUCUACCGCUCCUCCAGUGACUGUAGCGGCGAGGCGAUCCACGAGACCGUCCGACUUAGAGCUGAGGUCAGCUCCUCCUAUCUGAACCUCCGAUUCCCUGCAAGCGACAUCCCGGAAAUGGCGCGGAGGUUGCUCCUGCUGAAUAAGCCGCGUUUCAUCUGUGAUACUUAUAUGAAGGGCGCGGUGCUUCAUGUCCACUCCGACCUCAACACGGGCAAGAAGCUGGACCUCAGAAUGAGCGCCCUAAGGGCCCCCGCACAAUGCCACCUCGAGUACCUCCAGAACAUGGGCGUCAAGGCGAGUCUGGCCGCGGCUAUCACCGUCGACGAUGAGCUCUGGGGGAUGUUUUCCUUUCACAGCUACACGUGGGCGGUGAUUCCGACGAUCGAAGAGCGAACUCUGGUGGAGAUGGCGGCUAGUGUGACCGGGAUGACCGCGUCUCGCCACGAACGUGAGAUGACCGUGACGGCCUCGCUCAUCCUCAACAACACACUGGGGAAGCUCAGUGAGCACAUCAAGAUCCGUGAAUUCCUGUCGGCCGAGAACCAAACUCUUAGCGGAUGCUAUUGUCGUGUGCGAGCAGUCGCGCUUGGUCACGGUGUACGGGGACAGCGAGCUUGGAUUAACUCUGGAGGAGUGCACUGAGUUGUUCGAAGACGACCGCUCGGGAAAUACGCUUUUUU